AUGGUGCGCGGACGAAGGCAGGAAGCCCAGUCCUUCUUCGUCGCGACUGCUGUCUCACUCUCAUCCCUGGGCUACGUCGGGCUGCACUCGUCACCUCCACGCGGUCUCCGCAGAAGCUCUGGCAGGGCAAGACGAGGCGCGGGAGACAGGGCAAAUGAAGACGAGAGAGGCGACCCGGCCUUCCGUCGAGCGCGCCGUGGAGCCCAAACGCCGAGAGGUUAA